AAAAAAAAAAAGAACUGGUUGAGGAGAACGGGGGAAGGGAGGAGAAACAUUUUUUGAAGGGAAUCAAGAUUUGUCGUAGAAUCCUUCUGUCAUAUCGAGCAGGCUGAAACAAUACAGAGGAUACGAAAUUAUCUAGAAAGUUUCAAAAAGAUAACAAAUUAAACAUGCCUGUUGCUGAUGAAAUCCAGUCCUCAUGGGCUGAUGAGGUAGAGAUAGAUCAGGGAGCACUGCCUCCUCCAUCCGAAGUUGUUGAAAAUGGAUUGAAAAUUGUAACAGAAUAUAAAUAUGACAAUGACAACAAGAAGGUUAAGAUUGUCCGUACUUACAAAAUCGAGAAACGUGUGGUAUCUAAGGACAUCGCCAAGCGUAAAACUUGGAGCAAAUUUGGUGAUUCUGCCAAUGACAAACCUGGUCCAAACCCUGCUACUACUAAUGUAGCUGAAGAUGUCUACAUGCAGUUUAUUACUAGCAAAGAGGAGAGCCAGCGUCCUGAUGAUGGUGAACUUGAUGGUCUGAAGCCUCAAAGCAGCAGUGUGAUCUUCAAGUGUAGAACCUGUCAAGGAGAGCACUGGACCUUGAGUUGUCCCUUCAAGCACACCCAACUAGCUCAGUCUAAAGCUAAUGAAGCUGCUAAAGCUGCAGACUCUAAAACUGCACCAACAAACAAAUACGUGGCACCGUUCAUGCGCGAGGGUGCUGCUGGCCGUGGUACCGGACGUGAACCGCCAGGUGCUCGCCGCGAUGACGUCGCUGCUAUCCGUAUUUCCAACCUUAGCAACUUCGCAGUCGAAGCAGAUCUUGACGAUCUUGUCAAGGGUUUCGGUCCUGUACAGAAGUUGUAUCUCGCCAAGGAAAAGAGCACUGGACAUUGCAAAGGUUUUGCCUAUGUUCACUUCAGGUUCCGUGCUGAUGCUGCUAAGGCUAUCCAGACCCUAAAUGGUCAUGGUUAUGAUCACUUGAUCCUCAAUGUAGAAUGGUCUAAGCCCCCUCAGAACAAUUAAGUAAUUAAAAUCAAAAUUUCCAUAUGUAUUGUAUACUUGUAAUAAACUUUAAAAACAA